UUCGAACGCGGUCACACUGAGCACGUGGAGAAGACGAAGCAGCUGGAUUGAGAAAUUAUUGGAAACAACGCAGUAGAAUCACAACAGAUCGCACCAUGGAGGCAGAGAACAUCAAGGCGGACGCAUUCGAGCCGGCGAAGAGAGCGACCAAGCGCGGAGCCACCGGGGGCGGCCAGCACGACGUGGAGAUGCAGGUGGACGAGGCGACCGGCAUCGAAGGCCAGGUGCUGGGAUCUUCGCGAGCAUCGGCGCCGCCCAAGGCGAAGAGGGCCAAGAGCGAGCUGCGCAAAGUGUCCGUGCCGCCACACAGGUACUCCUCGCUGAAGGAGCACUGGAUGAAGAUCUUCACGCCCGUGGUGGAGCACAUGAAGCUGCAGAUCCGCUUCAACAUGAAGGCGCGCCAGGUGGAGCUGCGUGUGGGCCCGGAGACGCCGGACAUUGCCAACCUGCAGCGCGGCGCUGACUUCGUGCGCGCCUUCCUCUGCGGCUUCGAGGUGGACGACGCCCUGGCCCUGCUGCGGCUGGAGGACCUGUUCGUCGAGUCGUUCGAGAUCAAGGACGUGAAGACGCUGCGCGGCGACCACCAGUCGCGCGCCAUUGGCCGUCUCGCCGGCAAGGGCGGACGCACCAAGUUCACCAUCGAGAACGUGACCAAGACCCGCAUCGUGCUAGCCGACAGCAAGAUCCACAUCCUGGGCAGCUACCAGAACAUCCAGCUGGCGCGUCGCGCCGUCUGCAACCUGAUUCUCGGCUCGCCGCCCAGCAAGGUGUACGGCAACCUGAGGGCAGUCGCCUCGCGCCUCUCGGAGCGCAUGUGAUUGGGAGACUGGACUGAAUUGGACUGGAGCGGAGUGGAGUUCAGUUUGAGAGGGAGUAGUCGCGGUUUUUUUUUAGCAUUAGCAAUAAAUAAUAAAUAUAAUAACAUGUA